ACAUAUUUUCAUAUAUUAAAUUCUGAAUAUUUUCUUUGAUGGAACGUACCCAAUGUGCAUUCAGUUUGUGGCUGUCAUUUACUAUUUACCGCGUUUCCUUAUAUAAAAGUUUAGAACAGAGUUAUAAAUAAAAAUUUACGUACAUAUUUACAUAUUUUUAGUGUUUUUAUAGAUAUAGUAAACAAAUUGGUAAAAUGCUUAUAACAGCACCUAUUCUCUCUAAAGGAAGCUUUUUUGGUUCACUGGUGAACAAAUGCAGGCAAGUGUCAAAAAUUUUAUCAUCAAAGAACCAAAUUAAUAACAACAACAACCACUUAAAUACUCCCACUUCAUCAUCCACAAUACCCGUAAACACAUCAACUUCCAAUUCGACUUGCAUAAAUAGACCAAUUAUCGCCGCUAACAUAAGUACCACCGCUCCAGUGUUAAAAACUAUUGAAGAGCGGAUGGGUUUGCCAGCCCGACCAAAAAAACCACUGACGCCCUACUUUCGUUAUAUGAAAGAUGUGCGUCCUAAAUUAACAGCUGAAAAUCCAAAGUUAUCCACACCUGACAUAGUGCGAUUGGUAUCCAAGAAAUGGGAGACUGUUGACCUCAAAGAAAAGGAACGAAUGCAAGCCGAGUAUAAACGUGAACAAGAAAAGUAUAUUGAAACAUGCACCAAGUACAAUGCCAAAUUAACUGAAGAACAACGCGCUGAAAUGAAACAAUUAAAACAAGACAUUAAAGAUGAAAAAGAGCGCAGAGUUAUACGUAAACGUAUAAAGCAACUUGGUAGACCUAAGAGACCGGGUUCAGCAUUUUUAAAAUUUCUUUCCAAAGAACGUAUCCGAACGCCACAACAUCCAACUGAGUCGUAUCGUGAUUGGCAUAGGAAAUGUGCAGAUAAAUGGGCCCAAUUUACAGAUGAGCAAAAGGCUUCCUAUAUGGAGGAAUCUCGAAAGGAGUUUGUAAAGUAUAAGCAGGAAAUUUCUGCGUGGGAGGAGAAAAUGAUUCGUCUCGGGAAUAUUGAUGUUGUACGACAUGGAAAUCUUAUUGAUCCGCCAGAACCAAAAUCAAAAAAAAAUUAAACAUUACCACUUCUAUCAUCAAAACAUAAAGUCAUUAUUAUGUAAAUACCUUGAAAGUUUUAUUAUAUUUGAAUUAUUUCCUAACAGCCAAAAAAUCUUGGCAACCAGUAAUUUUUUUUUUUCAUUGAACUCAAAAUAUAUUUUCUUUAUA